AUGCAAGACGACACACGCACCGACUUGGUCUGUGUACUCAAUAGCAGCGACCAGACGCCGCCCACCGAGGAUACCAUUGUCAGUCUAUUGGAGAGUCGAUUCAAGCGUAGCCAUGUAUACACCCGCGUGGGCCAUCUAAAUCUGGUUGUCAUCAACCCCUUUCAACCACUGGAGUCUCUCAACGAUGCGACAUUGCAGUCUUAUGCCGAUGCGGGAUACAGAGAUGUUUCGGAGCACAAGCCGUUCCUUCAACCACACGUGUACGACAUUGCUGCCAGAGCUUAUUUCACCAUGCGUAGAACAGGCGAAGAUCAAAGCAUUGUCUUAAGUGGUAUCACUGGUUCUGGAAAAAGCACCACACGUCAUCAUGUCCUCCACCAAUUGACCCAUCUAUCCACACACAGCAAGAAGGAAUCAAAGCUGCAGCUGCAAAUCCGGAAUGCUGCCAGUGUAUUGGAAGCUUUUGGUCAUGCAAGAACAACACAAAACAACAGCGCAUCCAAGUUUGGCAUGUUCCAGGAGUUGCAAUUCAGUGAGCGUGGUCGUAUUCUUGGUGCAAAGACGUUGACAUAUGCUUUCGAUAAGACACGCACCACAUCUGUACCUAUCAACGAACGCACAUACCACGUCUUUUAUGCUCUACUUGCUGGCACCACGGUGGAUGAGAAGACAGCUCUUCAUAUCAACUUUUCAGCCGAUUAUUUUCAUUAUCUCAACCAAUCCAAAUGCAUCAAUGUGCCAGACUACAGCGACGAGAUUGCUUUUCAGGACCUCAAAAGUGCACUUAAGAUAUGCGGCUUCAAAGCAAAGACAGUGACACAAAUCUUUCAGCUGCUGGCAGCCAUCCUGCAUCUUGGCAACUUGCAAUUCGUUGACAACCGCGAAGGUGAUAUGGCGGAGGAAACUUGCAGUGUCAAGAAUGUCAAAGUACUUGAAACCGUAUCAGCCAUGUUGGGUGUCUCGCCUUCCAAGCUUGAAACAGCACUCACAUACAAGCUACGUUUGAUUCGCAAAGAGCUUUGUACAGCUUUUAUGAACGCUCAAGGCGCUACAGAACAACGUGAUUCACUCGCACAAGCAUUGUAUCAUGUGCUAUUCACUUGGAUCGUCGAAUCCAUCAAUUCCAAGAUAUGCUAUAAUGACAACCCUGCCAACUUUAUCGGCAUCCUCGACCAAUUUGGGUUCCAGAAUUUCAAGGACAAUGGAUUUGAAGAAUUCAGCGUCAACCUCGCCAACGAACGCGUGCAUCAAUUUUACAUACAGCAAUGUUUCAGUGAUGAUGUUGGGAUACAUGCGAUUAUGGUGCGUGAUGGCGUACAGCUGCCAGAGGUGGAGACUAUGGACAAUCAAUAUUGCUUGGACUUGUUGACAGGCCAUGGAAGCAUGAAGAACCCAAGUGCUGGUGGUGCUGGUGGUAUCAUUAAUAUGAUUGAUCGAGAUUGUGCACGCUAUCAAAGUGGUGCUACGGAUGCAACGGAUGCCAAUUUGCUCGCCAACCUACAACGUCAAUUUGCAACUCAUUCAGCAUUUGCCAAGACAACACAAACGUAUUCUUUCGGCAUCAACCAUUUCUCUGGCACCGUACAUUACACUGUGGAUGGCUUUAUUGAAAAGAACAUUGAUGCAUUAUCACCCGAUUUUGUUACGUUGCUACGUGACAACAGCUCCAAUGUAUUUGUCAACAGCCUUUUCCAAAGCAGUGCCAUGGCAACAGAAUCCCAUCCCAAGGAUAAUCGAACCAUCGUUAAAGCACAGCUCACCAGCAAACCUACAAGGGCACCCUCCAUGAAGCGAUCCAACAAACGCAACCGUAGCAUCCCACAUGACAUGGAGAAAAAGGAAGCUGCUGCUGAAGAACCGGUAGAGCACGUGACAACAGUAAUGGAUCAGCUGUGUGUGACAUUGGAUGAUCUCUUCAAAACAAUGAGCGAUACACAUGUCUACAACCUCAUUCACAUUCGACCCAAUGACUUGCAGACCCCUGAUAUGUUUGAUACGAAGCGUGUCAAGUCUCAAAUAAGGACCUUUUUAUUGCCCGAUUUGACCCUUCGAUGUCGACAACAAUACGCCAACUAUUAUGCAUUUGACGAGUUCUUGGCACGAUACGAGAGAUUAAUACAAUCCCUUAACAUUGAUGGAUCCAAGCAAGAACGUGAUAUGGUUGGUGACGUAUGUGCCAUCAUGAAUUGGACACCAGCACAAGCGUAUAUAGGCAACGACAUGAUAUGGCUUGCAUACGAUACGUGGAAAGAAUUGGAAGACAACCUGCGUGCAGCUGAAAAGGAGAAUCGGGCACGUCACAAGGCGAUCAAUGAUGGCACUGUUGGAGGAGCUGAUACUGGCACAGAUGUGAUGAGCGAUGCAGCAGCAGGAGGACCCAAUUAUCCACCCUACGAUUCGUAUCAAGAAAUGCCACCUGCCGAAUAUAUGGAUCACAAUGCUAUGGGCCGAUCAUCGUUUUUUGAGGAUGGUGCGAGCUAUGCUGAUAGUGAAUAUGGCAUGAAGCGAGAAGUGGAUGGUAGUCAAUGGGGCGAUGAAUCUGAAUGGGGGAUGAAAGGCUUAUCUGAAGGAUUUGGCCCUAAUAUGGACAUGAGCAAGAUGAUUGAGGAUUAUUAUGCUCCACAGAAUGAACAAGUCGAGGAAAUGCCAAUCACGGCGCUACGUGUUUGGUGGGUCCGUUUUGUGUGGUUCAUGACAUGGUGGAUACCCAAUCCAUUUCUUCGAUGGUUCGGCAAGAUGAAGCGACAAGACGUACAACUUGCAUGGAGAGAAAAAGUGACAUUGUGCAUGCUUAUCUUUUUAUUCUCGGUCAUGGUGAUCUUUAUCAUUGUUGGAUUGAGUCCGCUGCUUUGUCCUGGCACCAAGGAAAUGUAUUCACCAGCCAAUGUCAAUGCCCAUAAUGUCCAAGAUGAUAUGUACGUCAGCCAUCGUGGCGUUGUCUAUGAUAUUACCGGCUUUGCUCGUAGCAACCAUGGUACGACCGCAUUACCUGCCACCUCGGAUACGCUGGUGGAUCUUGCGGGUCAAGAUGUAUCAUACACCAUUCCCCCACCAUUGACUGAGGCAUGCCAAGGCCUUGUUUCCACACCCACGGUGCGCAUCACGCCCAAUUCGAGUAUCGUGCUGGGAACAUUUGUUCAUUAUUCAGGAGAUCAAUUGCAAUAUCCACAACUUUCUUCAAUGGCAAGCAAAUCUUGGUAUUGGGACAACUUUUUGCCCGAGAUGAAGUUAUACAAGAAAGGUUCUUUGGUGAUUGAUAUGGAUUCGGUGGCUUCCGAUUACAAAGGAUGGGGACGAUAUGCCAUGGCAAUCAACAAGAAGGUUUACGACUUGACCGAUUAUUUUGCAACGGCCGAUACGUAUAGCACGGGUUCGACAUCGAGCGAUUAUGCAUUCUUGAAUCCAGCUGUUGAGGAGAUCUUCAAAAAGUUUAGUGGCACUGAUGGCACUGACAACUGGAACAAGUACACCACAUCAUUGUCACCUGAGGAGUUAGCCAUGAAUUUGAAUUGUCUCAACAAUGCGUUUUACGUGGGCGAUGUGGAUGAACGUGAAUCUCUUCGGUGUACAUUUGCCAAUUAUCUCUUGUUGGCAUUUGCCAUGGUGAUGGCUCUUGUCAUUUUGGUCAAAUUUUUGGCAGCCCUUCAAUUUGGUGGUGCACCAACGCCCGAAGAACAUGACAAGUUUGUGAUUUGCCAAGUCCCUUGUUAUACCGAAGGCGAAGAAUCACUGAAGAAAACAAUCGAUUCGUUGACAGUGAUGAAUUACGACGACAAGCGUAAGCUGCUCUUUAUCAUUGCAGAUGGCAUGGUCAUGGGUGGUGGUAAUGAUCGGCCCACACCACGUAUCGUAUUGGAUGUUUUGGGCUAUGAUACCAAGAACGAUCCUGAACCACUCAUGUUCAAAUCCAUUGGUGAAGGAAGCAAACAGCUCAAUUACGGCAAAGUGUACUCAGGCCUUUAUGAAUGCGAAGGACACGUGGUGCCCUACAUUGUGGUUGUCAAAGUUGGCAAGGCUUCGGAACGCGCUAAACCAGGCAACCGUGGCAAGCGUGAUUCACAAUUGAUUUGCAUGAAUUUCUUGAACAAGGUCCACUUUGACGGUGAAAUGACACCACUGGAAUUGGAAAUGUAUCAUCAAAUCAAGAACGUUAUUGGUGUCAACCCCUCCUUUUAUGAAUACGUGCUCAUGAUUGAUUCUGAUACCGAGGUGGAUCCAGAUGCACUUAACCACUUGAUAUCAACAAUGCUUCAUGAUGGUCGUAUCAUUGGAUUAUGUGGUGAAACGCAGCUUGUGAAUGAGGAUCGUUCUCUUACAACGAUGAUACAAGUAUACGAAUACUAUAUUUCCCAUCAUCUUGCCAAGGCAUUCGAGAGCUUGUUUGGAUCCGUCACUUGCUUGCCUGGUUGUUUUUGCAUGUAUCGCAUUCGCACGCCCAUCAAAAGUGAGCCGCUUAUUGUAUCGCCCAAGGUGAUUGGUGAUUACUCGGACAACAAUGUUGACACGCUACAUAAGAAGAACCUGCUGCAUCUUGGUGAAGAUCGAUAUUUGACAACGCUCAUGAUGAAGCACUUUCCACAAUACAAGAUGAAGUUCACGCCCCAUGCACAAUGUAAAACGGUGGCUCCUGACAGGUGGAAAGUAUUGGUUUCUCAACGACGUCGUUGGAUCAAUUCGACCAUUCACAACCUCUUUGAGCUCAUCUUGCUACCGGAUUUAUGUGGAUUCUGCUGCUUUUCGAUGCGAUUUGUUGUUUUGGUUGACCUUAUUGGCACAUUGACCCUCCCUGUAUCGGUGGUGUACCUUGCCUACUUGAUUUACGUUGUUGCGGAUGGCACCGAUCCAAUCCCUAUUUUGGCAUUGUGCAUGUUGGCUGGUCUAUAUGGUCUCCAAGCUAUUUUGUUUAUUCUUAAGCGACAAUGGCAACAUAUUGGAUGGAUGAUCUUCUACAUUUUGGCGAUCCCUAUCUUUUCAUUUAUGCUACCGGUGUAUUCAUUCUGGCACUUUGACGACUUUUCAUGGGGCAAUACUCGCAUUGUUGUGGGCGACAAGAAACAAAAAAAGAUCAUUCUCAAUGAUGAUGAGAAGUUUGAUGAAAAGAUGAUCCCACUCAAGAAAUGGAGCGUCUACGAGCAAGAAUUAUGGGAGAUGGGUUCAACUGGAUCACAAGAAACGGGUGUCACAGGCAAUACUUAUCGAUCCUUUGUUCCAGGAGGAGGCGGUGGUGGUGGUAUUGGCACUGCUGGAUCGAUCAUCUAUGAUGGACAUAGCAUGUACGGUGGAAUGAGCCAGCCUGAUUAUAGUGAUUACCAACAUCGUAUGGCAGCAAACAACAAUCGAAAUAGCCGUGGCACACACCAAAUGAUGAGCAUGAAUGGAUCAGUAAUGAUGGGAAGCGGUGGAGCAGUACCACCAACCACGGCGUCAGGGUAUCCAGGAUCUGUUAUGGGAUUACCUCCUUAUCCCCCUCAUUAUGGUGCUGGUGCUGUUGGAUAUACAGGCUCGGUGGUUGGGUCCGAAUAUGGAGGAGUAGGAGGAGCAGCAGCUGCUGGUGGUGGUAUGACGACAAUGAAUAGCGCCGACCCACAACACAUGAUAUCUUCACCGAUCAAUCGAGGCUCAAGGACACUUUCUGUAAAUAGCUUUGGCAACCCUGACUUUUUGUUGGAUCGCAGCAGCUUCAUGGCUGGUCCCCCACCACCACAUCAACAAUAUUACCACCAUCCAUAA